UCAGCUAUAUGUGAUCAUCGUAUCUUCUCAUGACUUUGAUGACGUUCACCCUUAUUUAUCUACCGCAAAGUGCUGCAGACUGCAGUACCACGGUCACAACCGGAAUUGUUGUAUUUCGGUGGUGUUUAGAAAUGUAAAGUAUUGCGAGAUACGUUUCAUAAGACUUUUUCAAGAGAAUAUACUAUGGAUGACGAGUUUGAAGAUAGGAUUCUAUAUCAGAUUGUUAUCGUUUCUAGACUUAUGUGUCACACAUGAAACUAAUGUCAAAGUUUACAGUGGGUAUUCCCACUGUGUUAAAUGCUGCUGUCAAUACUCCGUUAGGUCAUUUUUGGAGAAUAAUGAGGAUCUACGCUCUUAAACCAGAGGUAUUAAUCUGCGGGGCACUCUUAGCAGUUAUGCUUUUUUAUAUACAAGCUGUUGAUCUUUGGAGUAGAACAUUGCUUGAAAGAAUCCAAUAUACUUUAGGACGUACAACAUCUAAGGUUUCAAAAUUGCAAUUUCUUGUUAACGAUUCUGUAAAUGAUGGGGUAAAACUUAGUUGGGAAUUAAAACAAGGAAACAUAGCAGCUUAUGCUGUACAAGGUCAUAGAGCCCGUAUGGAAGACCGUUUUGUAGUAAAUGAAGAUUUAAAUAAUACCGGUGUAUCCUUAUUUGCAGUUUUUGAUGGUCACGGAGGGGAAUUUGCUGCAAAUUAUGCUCGUGAUAAACUUAUUCCAAAUAUAAAUAAAAAGGUGAUAGAGCUAAAGGAUAUGAUAGCUGGUAGAUUUUCUGAAAUACAGAAAAACAAUCAAAUUAAUAAUCAGCCAACAUCUCAGUCUGAAAAUAAAAAAGAUGGAAAAAUAGACUCAACCACAGUUGAACGUAAAAAAUCUUUUCGUAAGACCGUUAGUACUUCGUUAACAGAUGAUUGUAUGAAAAAUAGUGUUGGUGUUACUGAUCCAGAAUUAUUGAAUAAAUUGGAUAGUCUAUCACGACCGAUCACAAGAGAGGUAAGGCCUUGUAGAUCAGGUGAAACGCAACCUGAAAUUGACAUGGCAACUUAUUUAGAUGGAGAUAAAAUAAAUUAUGGUAGGUUGUUAACUGAUGAAGUUUUGGCAGUUGAUCGAUUGUUAGUUAAAGCAGCUAAAAAAAAUAUGGAUGUGGCAGGUACUACUGCUCUGAUCGCACUUUUAGAAGAUAAUAAAUUAGUAGUAGCUAAUGUUGGUGAUUCUAGAGGUGUAAUGUGUGAUGGUAAAGGGAAUGCGAUACCUUUGUCAUUUGAUCACAAACCGCAACAGGAAAGAGAAAAAAAGAGAAUAUAUAAAGCUGGUGGAUUGGUAACAUUCAAUGGAGUUUGGAGAGUUGCCGGUAUAUUAGCAACAUCUCGAGCUUUGGGAGAUUAUCCACUGAAAGAUAAAAAAUUAGUAAUAGCAGAUCCAGAUAUUUUAACAUUUGACCUAAGCGAUCAUAAUCCAAUGUUCCUUGUUUUGGCAUCUGAUGGAUUAUGGGAUACAUUUACAAAUGAGGAAGCUGUAGCAUUUAUCAAAGAACGCAUUAAUGAACCACAUUUUGGUGCAAAGAGCAUUACAUUACAAAGUUACUACAGGGGGUCUUCGGAUAAUAUCACAGUAGUUGUAAUCGACUUACGAGAUAAAAAAUACAAUGGAACAGAAUCAAAAAGGAAUCAGUAACUACUAUCUUAACUAUCUCCAAGGUAUUAUAUGGUAAAACUUCCAUUGUGUUGUUUU